AUGCGGCCCUCCUCCGGCCCUCCGUUGCUAUCGGCCCUGGUGCUUCUCCUCUACCUGAACCCGAUCGCAAUUGCCUCACCAUUCGCCUUUGACGGGAACCCUCUCGAGAAGCGAUGCUCAAACCCUUGCGGUUGGAACGAUCAAAUCUGCUGUAGUGCCAACCAAGCCUGCUCCACCAACGCGGCCAACCAAGCAGUCUGCAUCGACGGCUCGAGCGGUACAUGGCAAUACUACACCACGACCAUCAUUGUCACUGAGGUGGACAAGUCAACCAUUACCUCUGUCUGGAGCAGUCAUAUCCAAACGGCUGCUGCUGCCACGGCCACGGGAGCCUGUCGGCUCGAUCUGGGCGAGUCAACAUGUGGAAGUACCUGCUGCGGUGCCGCACAGGAGUGUCAGGAUGGUGUCUGUGUCGCUGAGAGUUCCUCUGUCGCGGUUACCGGUGCCGAAGCUACCCCCGGAGUCCGAGGAACAAGCAGCGGCGCCAGCACUGUGACGCAGACCUCUGCCCCGACUACCACCGAAGGCUUUAUCGCCCCCGUUGGUACUGACGGUGCCGCGCUAAUCGGCGUGAAAGCUUCCGGCGGAGGUGGACUGAGUGGAGGUGCAAUUGCCGGAAUUGUCAUUGGUGUGAUUGCCGGUGUGAUGUGUCUUCUUCUGCUUUGUGCCUGUCUAUGCUUCAAGGGAGCACUCGAAGGCCUUCUUGCGGCUUUGGGCAUUCGCAAGCGCCGCAGACAAGAAACCACCGUUAUCGAGGAACGCUAUUCCCACCAUUCGCACGGCAGUCGGCCGCCACCUCCCAGACGUACCUGGUUCGGGUCUAAACCAGCAGCCGCAGGAACGGACAGUGAAGUCAGCGAGAAAAAGUCCAAGUUCAGCUGGGCGAAGAUGGCAAUUAUUCUGGGUGCGCUGGCGUUGUGCCUGGGAUUGAAGAGACGCAGAGAUCAGGAACAUGACGAUGAUGAUAAGACGAGUUAUACGUACCCGAGUUCUUAUUAUUACUACUCGGACUACACACGGACCAAAGCUCCGGUGGACGAACACGAGACACACGACGAUCCCGUCGAUCUCGCAGAAGCUCACGACGUUGAUGAGAGCGCAGGUAGAGAAAAGAUCCCCAAACCAAAGCCCAAACCGAAGGCUUGGUGA